AUGCUCUUCAAAUCAUUAACCAAGAUUUCAAUCAACCAAUUUUCAUCAUCUGCACAAAUGAUUGUGAUCAACAAUAAUGGUGCCAACCAUCAAUCAAUAAUGAAUACCAAUGAAACAUCUGCAUUCUCUCGUCCAUAUUGGUGCAAGUGUUUGUUUAUUUAUCAAGUGCCUAAGAUUGUUCCAAAAUCAGGUGUGCUGAUCACGAUUGUAGCCCAAUGUAGAAAUUGUAGUGAUGUUGAUUGUUCUCGAUCUAGAAGACCUGAACAAUGUGAUCAUUUUGAAUUUUGGGACCUUGGUGACCCAAGAUCAUGGGCACCAUUAUUUUUGUCUGGUCUAAAUUAA